CCAUGAUGACGGCUUUGCGAUCAAUUGGACAGUGCCACAUUCGAGGAUUGGGUUCCGCGCUGUUGACAGUGUCAAGGCCGCUGGAGUGGAAAAUCCGCCAGCGCGGCCGCGGCCCGAGCACAUAGAGUGAAAGAGACGAACCAAAGCCCAAAAUAGUCAAUUCGGUAGCGCUCUAGAGCAUUUCUCUUUUUGCUUCCUGCAAUCCUCGGACCACCACGGUAUUCGCAAUUCAGGACCGGCCUGACCGAUUGCCCUAGUUCAAUCACCCUUUGCUUGCGUUUGCGGCAACGGAAUCGUCGGAAUCCGCCUCCAUCAUUGCGAGUUCGGAUGCUGGCGGAUUACGCACGUCGGUACUAUUUUUCACUACAUUCAGAAGGGGGUGAAGUCAUUUGAGUGGUGCCAAGUCACGCCAGAGAUGAUUUUUCACUGUAGUCUGAUGGUCUUGAAGGUAGAGUGUUGGAGCGAACUGGGAUAAGAAUUAGUUGGAAUUCAAUUUUGUCGAUGGAGUGGAGGUCACUGUCGUCUAUGUCCCGAUUACUUCAGUGCUUACUCAACCGCGCGGUACCUUAUCCUACGGUGCCAUUGACGAACGUCAUACUCAUUCCGCCUGCCCGGGUGAUAUAGAAGCACGACGAGACGCAUUGAGAGACUGAUGAUGCACUAGAUUGAACGAUUUUUUGAAGACAUGAAAGCAUGAGAGGAAGAUUUCUUGUUACUGCAAGGGAAACAGCUCGGAGUCCUUAAGUUGUGGCUUCAUAUAAGACCUCGCUCCCGCUUGUAUUUGAAGGAAACAGUUAAUAGAGAGGUUCUGAGGGUACAAUUGAUUGAUGGCGACGUGGGGUUCAUCAAAAACGAGCCAGAAGAAGCCUCCGGCAGGGCCGAACUCGAAAAGCGACCGGCGCGUCGACAAGUGCGAGGUAUUCUACCUCUCUCUGUCGCAUAAAUUGGAUGCGCUGGAGCAAGCGAUUCAGCCAAAAUGGCUGACGCUGGAGUGGGUCUCACUCGCGGUCGAUUUCAUGCGGUCCACGUUCUCGGACAUGAUGAUCCUGUUCGAGGAAGUGCGCGCCCUGAUGCCGGACGUCAAAAAGACCCACGAGCACUGGAUUGAGGAAUACAUGGUGGAGAGCAUGAAGCUCCUGGACGUCUGUAACGUCCUCAAACCUGCGGUGUCGAGGUUUGAGCAUUUCAUGAUGUGCGUUCAGCUUGUCGUGCAAACUAUUCAGAGAUGCGGGGCGGGUAUUCAUGAAUGCGCAUCCAACAAAGGCCUAAUCGCUGCGCUUCAAAGCUGCGAAUCCGAGCUCAAUCAAUUGGUCCAAAUCCCGCCUCUCGCCGCGGAUAACUCCUCCUUCCUCACGACACAAAUGACAGAUUUCCGAGUUAAAAGCUCGGCCGACGGCCCUAUGAGGCAAAUGAGCAUUGCCAUUGGAGAGAAAGUUUCAUUGGAUGACAUAAACGCUGCGAGUGUGCAGCCGCCACCGACUCGCAAUGGGAGUUACAAGAGCGGGAGGGGCACCGUCGCGCUCUCGCUAGUCAUGCGAGCGACACAGGAAACAACAGACUUCGUCACCAGCGUCCUCAUCUGGGCCCUCAAGCGAGAACCGUCCUCCCACCCCGCCUCCACCAUGUGGCAACAGAACCUCGAGGUAUUCCGCGGCGACGAGGCCCUUUGGUCACCAUCCUUCCGCAGACUACAGGAGCGGCUCCGCAAGGUGCUCUUCGAGAUUCUACGCGAGGAGCGCUCCGGGACGCGACGCAACAACCGCCAGAUCGCAUUUGAGGAGCUCAAACUCGCGGAGCUCUGCGUCACGGACCUGAGGCUGGAGAUUGAGGAGCUUGCAGCACGGGAGCGCGACGGAGAGGAGCCCUCGACGCAAGUCCUCGAAAGCCUAGCCCAGCAACAGAUGCAACUCCUCGACAAACUCCAGGUGCGAUUAGAGAAAGUCUCGACGCAAGUGAAUCAACUCUUCGACGAGUUGGUUCAAGCUCGGAAGAAGCUCCUGGACGCGGCUCAACGGCCCGGCACAAUCCACCGAGCCCAAACCUUUUGACCCAUCUAUUGCGACCAUCGCCGUAGCCUGCACUUGAAAAGCAAAACCAAGCAACACAAGGCGAAACCCUACUUGCAAAACAUGCUGAUGUGUGGCUCAUGCGCUCUAGAUUAUUAAUGUCGGUAUUGAUGUUGGAUUUGACCAACCCAUUCCCCUGCGAGUAACCUCACACAUGGUGAUGCAAUUCUUUCAUAUUUUGUCGCGUACAAUCGGAACCCUUUCUUCAUGCAUGUUGUGAUCGUAAGCCCACUGGUAUCAUUCUCACAAAAAUAACUGUCUUGCAACUUGUCACAUAUCAUGUUGUCUGUAUGAAAUGUGCUUUUGAGUGUAGGUUUGAUGCUUCAAAUGUACAUUCAAUGUGAGUUGCAACUGAAAAUGAUAAAAGCAGGAAUAAAAAUGUUUUGGA